GCCCGCCGUCUCCUCCGCCCGCCGCCCCGCGCCCCCAGCCGCGCCGCCGCCGCCCUCUGCACCCCGCGGCGCCCCCCGGUCCCACCCGCCAUGCCCGGCCCGGCCGCGGGCAGCAGGGCCCGGGUCUACGCCGAGGUGAACAGCCUGCGGAGCCGCGAGUACUGGGACUACGAGGCUUACGUCCCAAGCUGGGGUAAUCAAGAUGAUUACCAACUGGUUCGAAAACUUGGUCGGGGAAAGUAUAGUGAAGUAUUUGAGGCCAUUAACAUCACUAACAAUGAGAGAGUGGUUGUAAAAAUUCUCAAGCCAGUGAAGAAAAAGAAGAUAAAACGAGAGGUUAAGAUUCUGGAGAACCUUCGUGGUGGAACAAAUAUCAUUAAGCUGAUUGACACUGUGAAGGACCCCGUGUCAAAGACACCCGCUUUGGUAUUUGAAUAUAUCAAUAAUACAGAUUUUAAGCAACUUUACCAGAUCCUGACAGACUUUGAUAUCCGGUUUUAUAUGUAUGAACUACUUAAGGCUCUGGAUUACUGCCACAGCAAGGGAAUCAUGCACAGGGAUGUGAAACCUCACAAUGUCAUGAUAGAUCACCAACAGAAAAAGCUGCGACUGAUAGACUGGGGUCUGGCAGAGUUCUAUCAUCCUGCUCAGGAGUACAAUGUCCGUGUAGCCUCGAGGUACUUCAAGGGACCAGAGCUCCUUGUGGACUAUCAGAUGUAUGAUUAUAGCCUGGACAUGUGGAGUUUGGGCUGUAUGUUAGCAAGCAUGAUCUUUAGAAAGGAACCCUUCUUCCAUGGACAGGACAACUACGACCAGCUUGUUCGCAUUGCCAAGGUUCUGGGUACAGAUGAGCUGUAUGGGUAUCUGAAGAAGUAUCACAUAGACCUGGACCCGCACUUCAAUGAUAUCCUGGGACAACAUUCACGGAAACGCUGGGAAAACUUUAUCCAUAGUGAGAACAGACACCUAGUCAGCCCUGAGGCCCUAGAUCUUCUGGACAAACUUCUGCGAUAUGACCAUCAACAGCGACUGACUGCCAAAGAGGCCAUGGAGCACCCAUACUUCUACCCUGUGGUGAAGGAGCAGUCCCAGCCUUGUGCAGAAAAUGCUGUGCUUUCCAGUGGUCUCACGGCAGCCCGAUGAAGACUGGAAAGCGACGGGUCUGUUGCGGUUCCUCCCACUUUUCCAUAAGCAGAACAAGAACCAAAUCAAACGUCUUAACGUGUGUAGAGAGAUCACGUUCCGUGAGCAGACACAAAAUGGUGGCAGGUUUGGCGAGCACGAACUAGACCAACUGAAGGGCAGCCACCACCGUAUACCAAACCUCACUUCUGAAUGUAAAAGGUUCUCACGCCUUUGGCUUCCUGUUGACUUCCUCCCGACCCAGAAAGCAUGGGAAAUGUGAAGGGUAUGCGAAAUGGUUGUUGGUUACCCUUGCUCCCCCGUGCCCCUUGACUCGCCCUAUGGCCGCCUGUUUUCCCAGCAGACCACACUAACUAGCCAACCACAGACUCCCCAGUUGGGGAAUGGGGGCAAUAUAUGGCAUGAUGGGUAGUUACAUAUUAUAACUUUAAAGGUAUAUAUUAUUGAAUAAAAGGUUUUAAAAGAAAUGUAUGGAGUUUUCCAUAUGGAAGGGGCCAUUAACAGAGAUCCAUGGCCACAAAGGGAGGAAAUAGAAUUAACUUCUUGCAGAGUUAAAUAGAGCAUUCGUGCCAGGUUCUACCAGAGGAAAACAGGAAGUCCCAGGUGAGGAGGGUUUUUAAGGAUGCUCUUUGCAGAGCAGUUGAGGAGUGCUGAACUAAUCCUGGGAGUAGGGCAAACUGCAGAGGGCCCAAGUACACAGCCAGGGAAGCUGGGCUUUGCCUUGAACACCUUCAAUCUCCCUUGACCCCUCCUCCGGAAGCAGGUGAGUUGCCCAGGGAUUUAAGGGGUAGGUAAAUGUCACUGUAGUAGACUCUGAAUGAUGCCAUAGCCCCUUCACUUUCCCUUUGCUUGUGUCUCCCAUCAUUCAUUCUGCCCCCAAUCCUGGCCCUCUUCCCCAUGGCCCCUUCUGAAAAAACUUGCUUCGGAGAAUGGUUGAGCCUGCUGUCCUGAGGCAGGGAAGCAGUCAGGGGUCUCGGGUCCAGGUCUGAGGGCUGCUUCUGCUGGUAUCCUGAAGCUCCUGUGAACUGGAAGGAAAAGUGGACCACCCAAAUGUGAAAGAGGGUGGAAUGGAAGCACUGGUUAUAUUUCAGUGAAAAAAGCUAGAUCUGUUUGACAACUGAGCCUUCCCUGGUUGCCUCCGUCCUCCACAUCCCCCAAGCCACCAGGAGGUGAAAGCAACAAUGACCUGGUGGCUGCCCAGCCUUGUAUCUGGCUGGCAUCCACCCGCCGCCUACAGACAGCAGAAGCAACGGGCAGACUCCGAUGUCCAGACAGCUGGAUGGGGUGCCCACUCAUGCUCCACAAAAGCCACUUGGUCUGUACAACAUUCCUUCUCCUGUCUUCUCCACUGCUUGUCCUGAAAAGAUGACUAUGGUAACCCAGGUGUGGACACUCAAGAGGUUUUGAAGCGAUUUUGGGGAGGAAAGCAAAGGCCCCUCAGGGUCACCACGACAUCACAGUGUCCCUUGGACCAACUUCUGUCGUAUCCAAGCAGUUCUGCAGGUGUGGGAGCUCAAGACUGCAUGCCCGCGGACACCAGCGAGUGAGGGCCUGAAGGCCCACUGCCAGCCAACAAGACAACAAGGCUUCCUCAUGACCCUGUUUGACUCAAGGUUCUGCACAUUUCUGUUGGCCUCCCAGAGCUCUGGGACAGCAUCUCAACACCUCCUUAGAGUGAGCACGCCCCAGAAGCUCCUGUGGGCAUGGUGCUUCAUGUGCGUGUGUGUGAUCUCUAUAGCAUGUUAUCCCUGUUGAUCUGCCAGCGUUUGGGGUCUUCCCUGAGGAGAAGGGUCAGGUACACAGUCAACUGGCAUGGGAAUUCUUAGAUGCCAUUUAGAACUUGAACACUAGUUCAAGUUUCAAAUUCCUUCUCAACCAAGGCACUAACUUUUGGGUAGGAGAGUCUUGUUUCCCAGAAACCUCUCAGGUGAUCUUGUUUUUUGUGGAUGACUAUUGUUGAGUGGGAGAGUAUUUGGUAGUAGAAAGGAGGAGAAGGUAGAGUUUCUGUAUUUUUUUGACCUUGAGAAAAGGGAAUGGGAACCUGCUAACCCAAGAACAGUCAAAGCUCAUCCACAGUAUGCUUGGAAAUCCACAUCAGUUCACAUCUUUCAGUUGUCUGCUUUGUAUUUGAGUUGUUUAAAGUAAUAUAUAUUGAAUUUUCUUGGUUACCAAAGUAAUAUAUAUUCAUGGUAAAAAUUUUGAAAUGCUAUACAAAAGUAAAUAAUGAAAGCUUCUCCCCUAACCACACACAUAGAAAAACUUCCCUGCCCUGGAAGUAACCAUGGUUAAAUUUGGUGUAUAUCUUCUAAUUUUUAUCCUAUGCAUUUACUAAUAUUUUUUAAAUACACUGAUUUUUGUUUUUACAGAAUUGUAAUCAAACUAUACAUUCUUUUUCUGCAACUUGUGCUUUCACUUAGUUGUGAAAAUUUACUGUUAGCAUCUACCUCACCCAUUUGUGGCUGCAUAGUAUUCCAUUGUGUGAUGUAUCACAAUUGAAGCAAUUCUUUACUGAUAGACUCUUACCAGUACUACACCAGUAUUGCUGUAAUUAACAGAUUUGCACAUAUAUUUUUACACAGUAUGGAUGUUUGUGAGAUAAAAUCUUAAAAAAGAAUUACUGUGCCAUAUGUUUUGUUUUUUAGAAGGGCAUUGUUAUGAUUCAGAGAGAGCAGUCUUCCAUUCCCUUCUUUCACUGGUGUAGGUUGGAACCAUAAUGCCUUUAGCUAUGUGGGGCUCUGUCAGGCACUUGGGGCAUGGUGCCCAGGGUCUGUGACCUUUCCAGGGGCCUACAGAAAUGUUUGAUACCUAAAUAAAAAUCUUGGCUCUAACAUAAGAAAGUUGAAAGUAAAAAUUAACAAAUGUAAUUAAAAUGUUUCUAAUCCUGUGAACUUCAUUAACCAUUAAAUUCAAUAUUUGAUUUUAAAAAUAUUUUUCUUACAAGAAUUAGCAAAGAGUCACAAUCAUAAUCACAUAAUUUAGAAAGCAAAUUCUAAAAUCUUUUCCAAAAGAUUACAGGAAAAAUGUUAUAUGAAAAAAUGGCUGCCUUUUAAUAACAGGUUCAAAAUGCUCUGCAGAAGGCUUCAAAAGUAAGCAGUCAAAAAGUAGGGCUUCCAAAGAAGGCUUCAAAGAGCUGGCAAAUGUUUUUAAAAAUCCCUGGCUUAGAGGGGGCUGGGUGGUGGAAUAGAUGAGCAACACUUAGUGAAAUAUUCUACAAGCUAUUAAAAUGUGCAUCUCAAACAUAUUGUGCAAAGAAGCCAGGCUCAAAGGCUACAAACUUUUUGAUUGAAUGAUUCUGCUUACAUGACAUUCAGGAAAAGGCAAAACUGCAGAGAUGCAGAACAGAUGUGUGGUUGCCAGGGGUUAUGGGUAGGGGAGGAUUUCACUACAAAGGGAUAGAAUGAGGGAAUUUGGGGGACAGUGGAACUGUUCUGUAUCCUACAUGUGGUGAUGGCUAUUUGACUUGAUGCCUUUGUCAAAACUACACUAAAAGGAGUACAUCUUACUGCUGUGUAAAUUUAAAAAUAAAUUUUAAAAAAUAGCAAGAGGCUCAUUUGAACUAAACUGUCCUAUUAGCAGGAGCCUCAUCUGCCUACCAUUGGCUCUUCUGCUGAUGUAGUCAGGGCUGAUGGUCUUUGGAUAUAACCUACCGCUGGAGCUGGGAUUCAGUGGUCCUCCGUCUGCCAGCUGAGCACCCAGUCAUCCGGGGCACUCUUCAGUCUUUGCUCCCAGCUGCAGGGUGUUUAUCCAGGCACUAAUAACCUCAUUGCUAUACCUCCCCACCCUCAUCAACAAAGAAGGGUGGAGAAUAAACUCCACCUCUGUGUGCAAGUCCCUCAUGUCUCUUGGAGGCCAGGUGCUCUGAGUUUCUGGGCUUAGACUGACAGGAACAGACAUGGCUCACUGGGGUUUACCAUCUGACCAGUGCCUUUGUGCACUAGAAAAGAUGUUUAUCGUUACUGUUGUUUAAGUACUAUGUUAUUAAAGCUGUACAUUUGAAAAUAAA